CGUUGGACGCCGCACGCGGGGGCGAAGGCGCGCGUCGGGCUCGGGGCUCGGGGCUCGGGCCUCGGCCAUGGCUCACAGGCCGAAGAGGACUUUCCGGCAGCGCCGAGCCCAGUCUAGUGACAGCGACAGCACCGAGGAGCCGUCUGCUGAACCCGGGGCGCCGGGCCUUAGGGAGGAAGGGCCACCCCCGGGAGGUGGCCGUGUGGAAGCGGCGGACCGGCAUGUUCGGGGCCGCGGCCCUCGGAGCCGGGGCCGGGGCCGGGUGUGGGCGAGUUCCCGGCGCGCCGCGGGGGCGGCUCCGCGCGCGGAAGGCGGCUCGGGCGUCCCAGAUGAAGAGGGUGAAACACAUCAUUCCUCAGAAAGUAAAGAUGAUCAGAAUUCAUCAUCCAACAGCUCUAGCUCUCUGGAAGAAGAAUUUUCAUCAAUAGUAAAUAUCCCUGAUUCAGCUUUUAUUCAGGAAGCUCGCAGAAAACGUGAAUUGGCCAGGGCCCAAAAUGACUUUAUCUCUUUGGAUGUAAAACAUACCUCUACCAUUGCUGAGAUGAAGAAAAAUAGUAAUGAAGAUCCUGAGAGUGAGCCUGAUGACCAUGAAAGGAGAAUACCAUUUACCCUAAAGCCUCAAACCCUUAGACAAAGAAUGGCUGAAGAAACAACACCCAGAAAUGAAGAAACAAGUGAAGAAAGUCAGGAAGAUGAAAAUCAAGAUAUUUGGGAACAGCAGCAAAUGAGGAAAGCAGUUAAAAUUACAGAGGGACGAGACCUAGAUCUUUCCUACAGCAGUAAACCUCAAACACUAAAGAAGUUUGAUACUUCAAUUUCAUUUCCACCAGUAAAUUUAGAAAUUAUAAAGAAGCAAUUAAAUACCAGAUUAACAUUGCUACAGGAUACUCACCGCUCACACCUGAGGGAAUAUGAAAAAUACAUACAAGAUGUCGAGAGCUCAAAGAGUACCAUCCAGAACCUAGAGAAUUCAUCAUCUCAAGCUCAAAAUUUUAAAUUCUAUAAAAGCAUGAAAGUUUAUGUGGAAAAUUUAAUUGACUGUCUUAAUGAAAAGAUUAUCAGCAUCCAAGAAAUAGAAUCAUCCAUGCAUGCACUUCUUUUAAAACAAGCCUUGACCUUUAUGAAACGCAGGCAAGAUGAACUAAAAUAUGAAUCAACGCAUUUACAACAGUUAUCAUGCAGAGCUGAGACAUCAACAAAUGAAAGCUUGGCUAUAGAUGAAAAAACUCAAUGGAUUUUAGAAGAGAUUGAAUCUCGAAGGUCACGAAGAAGACAAGCAAGGGCACUUUGUGGGAAUUGUGAUCACCAGGAAGGGACAUCUAGUGAUGAUGAACUGUCUUCAGAAGACAUGAUUGACUUCCAAGAAACCCAAGGUGAUAUUUUACAGGACCACAAGAAGAUUUUUGAAGAUGUACAUGAUGAUUUUUGUAAUAUCCAGCAUAUUUUGUUGAAAUUUCAACAAUGGCGGGAAAAGUAUCCUGAUUCUUAUUAUGAAGCUUUCAUUAGUUUGUGCAUACCGAAGCUUUUAAAUCCCCUAAUCCGAGUUCAGUUGAUUGAUUGGAAUCCUCUUAAGUUUGAUGCCAUAGGUUUAAAACAGAUGCCGUGGUUCACAUCUAUAGAAAAAUUUAUGGCUAACAGUAUGGAAGAUUCAAAGAAGGAAGAUAGUUCUGAUAAGAAAAUCUUGCCUACUGUCAUCAACAAAACAGUUAUUCCUCGACUUACAGACUUUGUAGAAUUCAUUUGGGAUCCCUUGUCGACCUCACAAACAACAAGUUUAAUAACAAACUGCAGAGUGAUUCAUGAAGAACUUUCCACUUGUGCAAAUGAAGUUAGUAAAGGCAAACAGGAUUUGCUUAAAUCCAUUGUUGUGAGAAUGAAGAAAGCAAUAGAAGAUGAUGUUUUUAUUCCUCUGUAUCCAAAGAGCACUGUAGAAGACAAAACAUCACCACAUUCAAAGUUCCAAGAAAGGCAGUUCUGGUCAGGUGUAAAGCUCUUCCGCAAUAUUCUUCUUUGGAAUGGACUCCUCCCUGAUGACACCUUGCAAGAACUAGGUCUAGGGAAGCUACUAAACCGUUACCUUAUUAUAGCUCUACUUAAUGCCAUACCUGGGCCAGAUGUUGUUACAAAGUGCAACCAGAUAGCAGCAUCAUUACCAGAAAAAUGGUUCCAAAACUCUGCCAUGAGAACAUCUAUUCCUCAGCUAGGAAACUUCAUCCAUUUUUUGUUACAGUCUGCACAUAAAUUAUCUAGAAGUGAAUUCAGAGAUGAAGUCAAAGAAAUAAUUUCUAUUCUGGUGAAAAUAAAAGCUUUGAAUCAAGCAGAAUCCUUCAUAGAAGAAUAUCACCUAGACCAUCUGAAAUCAAUAAUUGAAGAAGUUUGAACAAGCCGUAGGAAAGUACUAACAUGAGAUUUUAAUAUAAUCAAACUUGCCUCCUUUGUUUGGGGAUGAGGUGGAGCCAGACUUCAUCCCUCCAUUCCUUUUACUUUCUGGUAUCAUGAAAGGCUGCCCCCCUGUGGUGCUUGCAGGAAUUAAGCACACAGGAGCGCUUAAGUUUAACCUAUUCCCUUGGAUUCUUUUGACUUCUAAUUUAUGAAGUUGGGAAACCUUGCUAUUUGGACUUUGGUGAGUGUUCUAUACUGAACCAUAAAAACAUAUGUAUGUUCUCUUCAUUUUAACUAUUUCUGUUUACAAAUAGGUUAAAAUGGAAAUUUUAAUUGGAAUUAUUUGCUAAGUAUUAACUGAGACAUUUUAAGGUUUUUGAUAACUAUCGAUUGUCAGAUUGUCCUUCAGAAAUCUGUACCAAUGUAUUGUGCCAACACAAGUGUAACGGAGGGCAGUGAACCCCACGUCCCCAGCAUAGGCAUUAUCAUUUUUUUAACUCCUCGCAAAUUUAGUAGAUAUAAAACAUUUUAAUUAUUCAUUUUGGCUAUUAGAGAGUGAAUACUUGUUUUUUGUCCAUUUAUAAAUUUUUUUAAAAUCAUCCAUCUUAUGGAUUUGUCACAACUUUAUAUUUUAAAGAUACUGAUGUUUUUGCCUGUCCUAUGUUAUAGUUUCUUCACUGAUACUUUUUUUUCACUGAUAUUUUUAUUUUAAUUUUAUGUAUGAAGUGUGCUAAGGAAGUACUUGUAGGUAGUAACUCUUUUGUUAGGGUUUUGUCAUUGGUGGUAGGCUUAGACAAGAAACAAACUUUCUGAUAAUGAAAAGAAAUUGAAAAAAUUACUGCUGUAGCCCCGGUGGUGCAGCAGUUUAGCGCUGCCUACAGCCCAGGGUGUGAUCCUGGAGACCUGGGAUCGAGUCCCACGUUGGGCUCCGUACAUGGAGCCUGCUUCUCCCUCUGCCUGUGUCACUGCCUCUUUCUCUCUCUCUCUCUCUCUCUCUCUGUCGUUCAUGAAUAAAUAAGUAAAAUCUUAAAAAAAAAAUUACUAAAGCUCUCAUUUAGAAAUCUUUUCUUAAAUAUAUUUGUUAAAUAACUCAAGGGCAACCCUGAAUAUGUAUUUUAUAAAUUAUUGCCCCAAAGAUAACCAGGAAAAAUUUGAUUAUAUAGGAUUUGAGUAUGUGGCUUCUGCAGCAUGUGGCUUCUGCCAUUAUCACCUCUAGUUUUGAAGCUGUGUAUAUUUUAACAUAUUGUUGUGUUAUUUCUACUGCAAUGAAGAUUUUUGUGAUUCACUGUAUGAACAGUUUUCUUUUAGUACACAAAUUAGGAAUAGAAAGUCUUCUAGAAAAUUCAAACCAUUACUGAAAGACAAUUAGCAUUCCUGCACAAUUAACUGUCCCAAAGGAACUGCUGAUUUCAUUUUAACUUUAUCCUUUCAGAUCUUUACUUACACAACAUGUGUUUGUUAACAUAAGUGACAGAUCUUUAUUGCAUAUAUGAAAUUUCUCAUUUUUAUUAAUAAAAUUAUAUUUGGAAAUUUCCCUAAAACUUUUGCAUGUUUAAUUAAAAAUGUGUUGAGGGGUUCCCUUGCAUUUUUAACUUGGGCAGAGAGAUUGAUCUUUUUAUAGAAUGGAAAGUAUUAGAACUGCUUUCAAAACUAUAAAUUAGGGGAUCCCUGGGUGGCUCAGCGGUUUAGCGUCUGCCUUUGGCCCAGGGCGCGAUCCUGGAGUCCUGGGAUCGAGUCCUGCGUCGGGCUCCCAGCAUGGAGCCUGCCUUUCUGCCUUUCUCUCUCUCAUAAAUAAAUAAAUCUUUUUAAAAAAAACUAUAAAUUAAUUUAAACUCCCAGUAGUUUAUUUUUUUUUAAGAUUUUAUUUAUUCAUGACCAACACAGAGAGAGAGGCAGGCUCCAUGCAGGGAGCCCGAUGUGGGACUCGAUCCGGGUCUCCAGGACCAUACCCCAGGCUGAAGGCGGCACCAAACCGCCGGGCCAUUGGGGCUGCCCAAACUCCCAGUAGUUUAAAUUUCACUAAUACUGGGCUUCAUUAUACUUGGAGUUUGAACCUCAAGAUUUUUAUCCAUCAUAUACUCUAAUUGAGGAUACUCAAAAAACAUUUGUGAAGCCUGCUUUUAAUUUAAUCCCCAGUGCAGUUUUUUUCUGCUUUCCUGUGACCGUGGGAUGGAUGUGAAGGCAGGCAACACUAGCAAGAACAAAACUGAGAUAGCAGUUCUUCUCCCAGCUCAGUUCUCUCCUGGGAUUUUUCAGCUUUUUGUUCACAUAUUGUGAAGUUUUUACAGAAUCAGAAAGAUGACUUUUUUAAGACUUACUCAUUAUGGCUGUUAGGAACCCAAAAAGGGCCAUAAAAAAAAACACCUCAAAACAAUUGAAUUUUGCAUUUUUUAGGCCUGUAACAAAAUAUUUAUGUAGAUGGCUCCCCAAAAUACCAUACAAAACCUGAAAAAGACAUUUUAAGAAAAUAACAGACCAAUAUCCCUCAUGAACAUAGGAAUAAAAGUCCUUCAAAUAUUGGCAAACUGAACCUAGUAGUAUAUAAAAAGGAUGAUAAUUCAGCUUGACCAAAUAGGUUUUAUUCCAAGAGGGCAAGGUUUAUCUCAGCUUUCAUUCACUUAUGAACAGAGUAAAAGAGGAAAGCCAUAUGAUCAUCUCAAUGAUUAUAGGAAAUGCAUUGGACAAAAUUCAACAUCCUCUCAUAAUACAAACCCUGGAAGUAAAAAACUCCUCAGUCUGAUAAAGGGCAUCUGCAAAAGAACAUCUGUGCCUAACAUCAUAUUUCAUGGUGAAAUACUAAACCAAGGAUGUCUGCUCUCACCAUUUCUGUUCAACAUUGCCCCAUAGGUCACAGUCAAGAAGAAAGCAUAAACAUUGAUACACAAGAGUUUAGAACAGUCAUUCACAAAUGAUAUGACCGUUUCCAUAGAAAACCUUAUGCAUGGUUCCAAUCCAGGGCAUGGAUUGGAAACAAAUUAACAAAUUUUAGAAACCAUAGCAUUCCAGUAGCAGCAAAAAACAUCAAAUACUUAGGAAUAAAUUUAUAGAAAGAUAUGCAAGACAUCUUCUUGGCACUAAAGGGCAACACAUUGCUGAGACAAUGUUUUUAAAACUUGAGAGACCUAGGGCAGCCCUGGUGGCGCGGCGGAUUAGCGCCACCUGCAGCCUCGGGUGUGAUCCUGGAGACCCCGGAUCAAGUCCCAUGUCAGGCUUCCUGUAGGAGUCCUGCUUCUCCCUCUGCCUGUGUCUCUGCCUCUCUCUCUCUGUGUCUCUCAUGAAUAAGUAAAUAAAAUAUUUAAAAGAUAAUAAUAAAUGUAAAACCCACACAAAAAAAGCAUGUAUGAGGGCAGCCUGGAUGGCUCAGCGAUUUAGUGCCACCUUUGGCCCAGGGUGUGAUCCUGGAGACCUGGGUUCGAGUCCCACGUCAAGCUCCCUGCAUGGUGCCUGCUUCUCCCUCUGCUUGUGUCUCUGCCUCUCUCUGUCUCUGUCUCUCAUGAAUAAAUAUUUUUAAAAAAACAUGUAUGAAAAAAGUAUCUUUGAUCUUUGAGUAGGCAAAGAUUUCUUGGGUUGGACACAGCACAAGAAAAAAAAAGGACAAUCUGAACAUCAAAAUUAAAAAUUUAGGGGUGCUUGGGUAGCUCAGUUAUGUGUUUGCCUUCGGUUCACGUCAUGAUCCUGGGGUCCUGGGAUUGAGCCCUGUGUCAGGGAGUCUGCUUCUCCCUCUCCCUCUGCUCCUCCCCUGCUUGUGCUUUCUCUCAAAUAAAUAAAAUCUUAAGAAAGUAUGAAUACAUACCUUAUGAUUCAAUGUAUAACAAAUAUAAGAAGAGACGUAAUUAAAAUGGAGGAAUGAAAAUAGAA